AUGCACCGGGUUGGAAGUGCCGGGAGUAAUGGCGGUUCUGUCCGCACUCGCAAAGAGAAAAAGCUUACAUAUGUGUUAAAUGAUGCCAACGACACUAAGCAUUGUGCUGGCAUUAAUUGCUUGGAUGUCUUGAAGUCGUCUGUUUCUAGUGAUCAGAGUUACCUCUUCACUGGAAGCCGUGAUGGUACACUCAAGAGAUGGGCAUUUGACGAGGAUGCAACUUUUUGCUCCGCUACGUUUGAGUCUCAUGUUGAUUGGGUGAAUGACGCUGCUUUGGCUGGUGAAAGCACUCUUGUUUCUUGUUCUUCAGACACUACGGUUAAGACAUGGGACGGCUUAUCAGAUGGAGUCUGUACAAGAACUCUCCGGCAGCACUCUGACUAUGUUACUUGUUUGGCAGUUGCGGCAAAAAAUAGCAAUGUUGUUGCCUCUGGUGGCCUUGGCGGGGAGGUUUUUAUAUGGGAUAUCGAAGCUGCUUUGUCACCAGUUACGAAACCUAAUGAUACAAUGGAAGAUAGUUCUCCUUCAAAUGGUGCAAAUGGUCCCGGGAAUCUACCUGUUGCAAGUUUAAGAACUGUUGGUUCGAGUAACAAUAUUUCUGUGCAGUCAUCACCAUCCCAUGGGUACACUCCAACAAUUGCCAAAGGCCAUAAGGAGUCCGUCUAUGCUUUGGCCAUGAAUGAUACUGGGACGAUGCUCGUCUCUGGUGGAACAGAGAAGGUUUUACGUGUCUGGGACCCUAGAACUGGUUCAAAAACUAUGAAGCUGAGGGGCCAUACAGAUAAUGUCAGAGUGCUGCUUUUGGACUCGACUGGCAGGUUUUGCUUGUCUGGGUCCUCUGAUUCUAUGAUAAGACUCUGGGAUCUAGGUCAGCAGCGCUGUCUACAUACUUAUGCGGUGCAUACAGAUUCUGUUUGGGCGCUUGCAUGCACCCCGUCGUUUAGUCAUGUAUACAGUGGUGGAAGAGACCAAUGUUUAUACUUGACAGACUUGGCAACAAGAGAGAGCGUUUUGCUGUGCACUAAAGAACAUCCGAUUCAGCAAUUAGCGUUGCAAGAUGAUAGUAUAUGGGUUGCAACAACAGACUCCUCUGUAGAGAGAUGGCCUGCCGAAGUACAGAGUCCUCAAAAGGUCUUUCAAAGAGGUGGCUCUUUCUUGGCUGGGAAUUUAUCUUUUAAUAGGGCGAGGGUGUCCUUGGAAGGACUAAAUCCACCCCCUGCCUACAAGGAGCCGUCAAUAACUGUUCCAGGAACUCACCCGAUUGUGCAACAUGAGAUUUUGAACAAUAAAAGGCAAAUUUUAACCAAGGACGCAGCUGGUGCAGUGAAAUUAUGGGAUAUUACCAGGGGUGUUGUGGUAGAGGACUAUGGGAAGAUUUCGUUUGAAGAGAAGAAAGAAGAACUGUUUGAGAUGGUAAGCAUCCCAUCAUGGUUCACUGUGGAUACACGACUUGGAUGCUUAUCCUUACAUUUAGAGACACCGCAAUGCUUCUCUGCUGAAAUGUAUUCAGCAGACCUUAAAGUGUCCGGGCGACCUGAAGAUGAUAAGAUUAAUCUAGCUCGCGAAACUCUGAAAGGUCUGCUUGGUCAUUGGCUGGCAAAGAAGAAGCACAAACCCAAACCCCAAGCUCUUGCCUCUGGAGAUAUUCUAUCGGUGAAAGAUACCAAAAAAAAUCUGUCUGCAUCCAAAAGUGAAGACAGUAGUGCGGCGAAUGAUCCGGUGUAUCCUCCAUUUGAGUUUCCUUCUGUUUCUCCCCCUUCCAUUAUUACGGAGGGUUCUCAAGGAGGCCCAUGGAGGAAGAAGAUAACCGAGUUUACCGGAACUGAAGAUGAGAAGGACUUCCCAUUGUGGUGCCUAGACGCCGUAUUGAACAAUCGCCUUCCCCCUAGAGAAAAUACAAAAUUAAGCUUCUUCCUGCAUCCUUGUGAAGGCUCAAAUGUGCAGGUGGUCACACUAGGGAAACUUAGUGCACCCCGGAUCUUAAGAGUUCACAAGGUUACCAAUUACGUUGUGGAGAAGAUGGUCCUUGACAACCUUGACAAUCCGUUGGAUAGUCUAGCUAUUGAUGGAGCAGGUGUUUCAGGAGGACCACAGCAACUGUUUGCAGGAAAUGGACUGCUGCAGUCGGGAUCAAAGCCUUGGCAGAAACUCAGACCUUCCAUUGAGAUCAUAUGCAAUAACCAGGCAAGUCAAGCUUCAACAAUUUUCGACGUCUUAUCUCCAGAGAUGAGUUUGGCAACUGUACGGGCAUAUAUAUGGAAGAAACCUGAGGAUCUAAUUCUCAACUACAGGGUCCCUAUAGCUAGAUAA